UACGCUGGUUGUCACCCGCCAAAAAACAAAAAGAAGACGAAGAAGACGCGCUUUCAUGCUGGAGAUACAUCAUGGCAACAGUACAAGUUAGCGAGGCUGAAAAAGUGUACAUUUUACAUGGUAUACGGGAUGACUUACGGGUGGAUGGGAGAGGCUGUGAGGACUACAGACACAUGGAAAUAGAGACAGAUGUGGUGUCAAACACGGACGGCUCGGCUAAAAUCACACUGGGCCACACAGUGGCUCUAGUUGGGAUUAAGGCGGAAAUUGGAAAACCCAGGCCCAUGGUGCCUGAUGAAGGAUAUUUGGAGUUCUUUGUUGACUGUUCAGCCAAUGCCACCCCUGAGUUUGAGGGCAGAGGAGGCGAGGAGCUGGGCACAGAGCUCAGUAACACUCUUUAUAAAGUCUUUAACAACAAACACAGCAUAGACCUCCGGAGCCUCUGUAUCAGUCCAGGAGAGCACUGCUGGCUCCUCUAUGUGGAUGUGCUGCUCCUGCAGUGUGAUGGAAACCUGUAUGAUGCCAUUUCAAUAGCUAUCAAGGCAGCUCUCUUCAACACAAAAAUUCCCAGAGUAUUCAUAUCAUCUGACGAUGAAGGAGGGAAGGAAAUCGAGCUGUCAGAUGAUCCAUAUGACUGUAUGAGACUCAAUGUAGAAAACGUGCCCUGUAUAGUGACGCUGUGUAAGGUGGGUCACAGGCACGUAGUAGACGCCACCCUACAGGAGAAGGCCUGCUCUGUGGCAAGCCUGAUCAUCUCUGUCACACACAAGGGCACAGUCACUUGCAUGAGGAAGGUGGGCGGGGGCAGUCUGGACCCAGAGAGUAUUUAUGAAAUGACAGAGGCAGGUAAACGUGUGGGAAAAGCUCUUCAUGCUCCUCUAAUGAAGCUGCUUCAACAGGAGGAGAGUUUGGGGACCAAGCGACAGAAAAUUGGCUUUCUUGGUUAACAACUACUGUGUGUUCAGUCUGUGUGAAUGUACAUGUAAACAGAGUUUUCUAAUAAAACUUUACAUUUUA